AUGCCAAAAGAGUCAGUUACUUCACUAAAGCAACAAAAUCAAGAUUUAAAGGAUAAGGUCGACGCCCUUUCGAAGGAAAUAACGCAGCUGAAAGAGAAGGUUCGGGUCGACUCGGCGAUUACCUUUGGUGCUGAAGCAGCUGCUACGUCUGGUAAUAGCAUUAAUAAUGCUUCGAAUGAUGAAACCGUGUCUCGUAGUCUACAAUAUCUGAGCGACGAAUACGACGACCUCUCAGCGUCUAAUUCUGGUGUCGUUGAUCAACUCAAGGCAUUAAGCCGUCGUCUUAAUAAGCUUAGCGCUGAAGUCACACGUAUGGGGGCAGAAGUGUUUCUGUCGGACAUUGACAUUGCUCAUCGCGUCCCCUCGAGACAGCAAAAUGGCGCUCCGAAACCGGUCAUCUGUAAAUUUGUAAGACGCCUUGCAAAAGCAAUUGUUAUGGAAACUCGACAAAGUGCCUCUCAAGUCAACCCAUCAAAUAUUGGUCUGUCUGCUGAUAGUGUUCUUGACAGAGUCAGAAUCUUCGAUCACCUCACCCCCAAAAAACAACACCUGUUGUUUGAAGCGAAGAGAUUUAAAGAACAGAACCAAUACCGCUUCUGCUGGGCCAAGAAUUCCACGAUUUAUUUACGCAAGAGUGAGGGUUCCCGACCGAUAAAGAUAACGGACUUUGGUAGUCUACAGCGACUUGUCUCGGACACCUGA